GAAGUUACUGCUACAGUGCGUGCAGUGUGCGUGCUCGGGUGUGAAGACGAGCAUUGACGUUUCGAAAACCGGACGGAGCCGGUGAUCUAACGAUGGACACAUUCGUCAUGUUGCUAUUCGCGUUAAUCGUAGUAGUGAUAGCGCUAGUUUUCCUCUCGAAGUUACUGUACGACAAGUAUGUGAAGAAGGGUUCCGUCUCGGCCGAUGGAGCCCCGACGACAACGACCGGAACGGGCUCGUCGGCAGUGGCAUCUUCAGUGGUGGCCGGUGGUGCACUUUUGCCUAGCGGUGGCGCCGCCGCGAAGGAUGGUUCCCGCCUGUCCGAACCGAAGGAGGUGCAUGCAUCGAAAAAGGAUGCUCUCCUUGCACAGGCACGAAAUGGCGCCCUGGGUGGUGGCGCCCGAGUUGGUGGUGGCUUCGGCGGCGCUGGUGGCGCAGCCUUUGGUGCAAAAGGUGGAAUCGGCGCUGGCACUGCUAUCGUCCGGAAGCGAAUCUCCCGCAAGAGUCCUGGUCCCGAGCUGUCGCAGAAAAAGCGAACGGUAUUGCCCCCGUCCAACAUCAAUGGAUCGGAUAUGCAAUCGGUACAAUGGGCCAUCCAUGUGUUCAGGUGGCUCUACUCUGAUCUGGUCGUUGUGAACAAGCUGCUGCAGGACUGGGUUGGUACCGUCAAUACCGCUCUUUUGUCCUAUGUCGAACAGCACGAAAUGAUCGUAGAAGUGGUCCGCAUCCUGCCGGAAAGUCUACCGCCAAACAUGGCUAGCAUCCUGUGCGAACCGGCUGAGCAGCCGAACGAAGUGGAACUUCUAUUCGACCUCGAGACCACCCCAGUCCUGCAGAUCAAAGCCUUCAGAUCGACCAAUCAGAAGACGGAAGUGUCGCACUACAAAGCGACCGUGUCCCGAUUGAAGACCCGCAUGAGUGUCAUCAUCAACUACUUUGCACUCAAGGGUGAAAUGAAGGUGGAAGGAUUCCCGGAUAUCAAAAUCCACCUGAACAGCAUCGGCCCGCUGAAGACGGCCAACGCACAAGACGAAAAGAAGCAGGGCGACCUCAUCGUUGAACUGCUGACGUCCUCCAUCCGGGACGUCGUCUAUCCGAUCGAUUUCUCCAUCUACUCGACCUGUCCGCGAUUGAUGGGCGAGGAACCGGAGGAUAUGCUUCCACUCGAUUAUUCCGGUUAUGGGCAAUACGACGGCUACCGUUCGUAUCAAGAUGAUGCAUUCAGCACUAGUUUAUCCAAUUCACCAAAGAAACUUCUAGUCAAGGUUAUCAAGGCCGAUGGUCUUCUGCAGUGCACUCAACCGUACUGUGUUGCUGAAAUGGACGAGCCAGCUCAGAAGCACCAGUCUGCCGCCAAAGCGGGACCAAAUCCGUACUGGGACGAAACCUUCCUCUUUGAAUUGUCGAACCAUUCUACUGAACUUCUGUUCGAAGUGUAUGACUCUGUAGCAGUAGCCGCCGGCGGAUUCCAGAGGUUCCUGGGCUUGGGUUUGGUCGGAAUCGAUGAACUCGCCAACGGUCCGGCAUCGACGCAAAUCUUGGAACUGCAGCCCAGGCCAUACGAGACGGAAAAGAUCACCGGCACCCUGACGGUAGAGUUUGUGUUCAUCGACGCUCCUCCAGCACCGGCUCCUCGACGGCAGUACAUGCAGCAAUCGUUCGCUAGGGACGGAAUCGACAAUUUGACCGCCAGCACCCCGAAUGCCACCCAACCCCAUACUGUCGGUACCCUGCCAGGAGCUGGAGGAAAACAUGCCGUCGCUUCGGCGCCCACAACACCCGCCAAAACUGCCGCAGGUCUCACCAACAGUUCCAGUUUCAGCGACCGGAACAAGCGCUUCCUGGCAGCCAACACCAACAGAUUAAACAACUCCUUCCUAAAGCCCCCCGCAGCAACCGACUAUGGCAUGAAUGGCACUAAGCAUCAGUCCGAAUCCACUCCGGUUUCGCCAGCGCUGUCCUCGGCUUCGCAGUCCAUCAGUGCCACCCUGAGCAACAGCGCCCCGUACGAUGUCAGCAAAAUGGACAAGAAGCCACGCAACAUUUUCGGUACCCUGCGGAACAAACUGUCACUCUCGAAAAAGUCAAAAUCUCUGGACAACUCCCAGUACAGUCCGACGCAAGUGGGACAGAUUCACAGUGCCUCGUCGACGCUUAGCCGUGGUUCCUCAAUGGAUCAGCGAUCCAUCUUCAAAAGCCUCUCUCGGAAGUCGUCGAUUUCGGAAUCGUCUGCCGUGUCGGGAAUCUCAAAUGCCAGCGGACGGACCUUCCUCCACGAGGAGUCCACGCUGCUACUAGAAACGUUGGAGAAUAACGUCCUGCGACACUAUCUGGUCCCAAUCGAGAUCGCCCUGCGGCAGAAGGCAUGGAAGCGCAAGGGCGUCAAGCUGCACAUCUACAACGACCACACCUUCAUAGCGAAGCACAUCAAGGGCGGAGUCCUGUGCCACGUGUGCAACCGCAGCAUCGGGCGCCGUCCCGGCAAACAGGGCUACGAAUGCCGCGAUUGUUUCAUCCAGUGCCACAAGCCAUGUCACGUGCGGACUCCUCAGGCGUGUCCCAAUCCGAAAAUCCUUUCGGUACAACUAGCGUCAUUGCCCGUAUUUUACGAGUAGAGACCCCCCUUGAUUUCUUGCAAAAACUGCGUACUGUAAAAACCAAAACUUUCAUUUGCUUUAGUUGAAGAAAUCCAAAAAUCCCAACUUGAAAUGGCCAUCCCAAGGAGUUUGAAAUGGACAGUUUAUUCUAAAUUCGAGCAUUUAAGAACAGAACACAAAGCAACACAAACAAACGAAUCAUCACAGCAACUGUUGUUUAAUUUUACCCGUCUGACGUUAAGAAAAUAUUUAAAAUCUUUCACAAACUCGCCUAAAGUUAUACAAUCACGAAUUCUGCGCCUCGUACUUUUUACUACAUUUUAGCUUAAGUCAGUCGAAAUCUCUGAUUUGAACAUGGUGUGCGUUCGAAUAGGAUUAAAAAAAUAACAUAACGGAUUAUCUUCCACUCAUGACAAUUCAGCAUAUAGCGAGAAAAAAAAUUAACGAAACAAAAACGCCUUCAAUCGGUGAUGAAAGACGGUGAUAGGAAUCGAUGAAAAUCAUGGAAAAGUAUAUUUAUUGUCAUCGCGUUGAUAGAUCAGCAUGUUUAGACAAACAGUCCCAAGUGGAAACAAAAACUCUCUAAUCAUCUGACGGUUGUGAGAAACGUUGUGAGGAACCAAAACCUAUAAGGAAGAAAAAAUCAAAAAACUACGCCAAUCAAAGCAAACAAGGUCACUACUAUGGAAAAGCGAACCAUGCUUUAUUUGUGCAGCGCCGCUCUUCUUCUGAAUAUUUACUAAAACACACAAAAUCUUAACCCCCAUUAAACUGAUGCCUGUUGUUGAAAAAGUCAUAAUUGUUAAGCGAAAACGAAAAGGUCCUAUAUAGUUUGUAAUCAGGAAUCCUUUGAACUGAAGGUGAUUUUUUUUUCUGUCGGAAAAUUAGGAUAAGUGAACAGUCAAACCAGAAGAUUUCGUGAACAAAGUGCAAUUGGUAAAGUGAUUUAAUUGAAAAAAAA